AGUUUUUUUAGGAAGUCAAAAUGACCAGCCGCACCAGCCAUGGCCAAAGUCGCCGGGGACGGACGUUGUUGAAAUGCGUGAUAUGUGCACUUGGUAUUGCCUGGACACCUGCCUUCAAUGUCACAGAGGGCAAGCGGCGAUCCAUGGUCGUGUCGUUUUUUUCGCUUCUCCCAAGCACUGCGAUGGCAGCGAUGGAUCCGAAACAGCAGGUGACUGCUGCGAUGCAGAAGUUGGAAGACUUAUGUGACCCCGAGUAUUACAAGAAGGUGGCAUCAGGAGGCGGUGACAACAUCAGGCGGGAGGUGGGCACCGUGGGCGUCACCUCGCCCUUGUUCGACGUGGACAAAGCCUUCAAGGCCCUGGCAGAGGAAGCCGAAGACCCGGAGGCCUAUGUGGAGCUGCUGGAACGCUUCACUAAGGGAAUCACCCGGGCCGAUGCAGACGCCUACUCCAGCAUUUUUUCCAUGAAUUCUGCAGCUGCAACUUCACCCCAGGUCUACAUUGAUAAAGCAUUUGAGGAGCUUAAAGUUGCCAAAGCUGCUGCAAGGGAGCUGACCAACAUGCUGAAAUUGUGAUGGCCGAAAA